AUGGAGGGAGAUGAUAGUAGUGUCGAAAAAGGAUUAUUGUUGGUGAAUAGAGAAGAGGCAUCUGCAAAUACAACUCCACUUCUUGUCUUCUCAACCUUCAUCAUUGUUUCCGCCUCUUUCACCUUUGGCGUUGCCGCGGCAUAUACUGCAGAUACAAUGUCAUCCAUCAUGUCAGACUUGGAUCUUUCUCUCGCGCAAUUUUCGCUGUUUGGUUCGCUUAGCACGUUUGGAGGAAUGAUCGGUGCAAUAUUUAGCGCCAAAGCUGCAGCUGUCUUCGGUAAUAAAAUGACGUUGUUGCUCGCUGAUAUAUUCUGCAUAGCUGGUUGGCUUGCAAUUGCAUCAGCCAAGAAUAUUAUUUGGCUUGAUACGGGAAGACUUUUUGUGGGAAUUGGAAAUGGUCUCAUUAGCUACGUGGUGCCUGUUUUCGUUGCAGAAAUAACACCGAAGCACGUUAGAGGCGCUUUUACAUUUAGCAAUCAGUUGUUGCAAAACUGUGGAAUUGCAACCGCAUAUUACUUUGGAAAUUACUUGUCAUGGAGAAAUCUAGCCUUACUCGGUAUAUUUCCAUGUGUGAUACAAGUUACUGGUUUGUUCUUCAUUCCUGAGUCUCCAAGAUGGCUGGCCAAAAAAGGUCGUGACAAAGAAGUUGAAGCUGCUCUUCAAAGGUUAAGAGGAAAAAAAUAUAAUGUUGGGCGCGAAUCUCGUGAAAUUAAGGUUUCGGUUGAAGUAUCAAAGCAAAAUGCGAAUAUCGGCUUUCGUAGUCUUUUUCAAAAGAGAUAUGCUCGUCAACUUACAAUCGGCAUAGGCUUGAUGCUUCUGCAACAGUUUUCUGGAGUUGCAGGAACAAGCGGUUACGGAAGCACUCUAUUUGCACUUGGCGGAUUUCCUACUCGGAUUGGGAUGACGGUGUUGUCUCUUAUCGUCGUACCAAAGUCUUUUAUGGGUUUAAUCCUCGUGGAUCGAUGGGGAAGACGACCACUUCUUAUGACUUCAGCAUUGGGGUUAUGUUUAAGCUGCAUCACAUUGGCGAUAGCUUUUGGAGUUAAAGAUAUCCCCGACAUUCAACAAAUUACUCCAAUCUUCACUUUCAUUGGAAUAGUGUCAUUCACGAUGAUGUUCGCAGUUGGAAUGGGAGCGUUGCCAUGGAUUAUAAUGUCCGAGAUAUUUCCAAUGGAUAUAAAAGUAUUAGCUGGGAGUUUAGUGACCAUAGCCAAUUGGUUCACUGGUUUCAUCGCUAAUUAUUUAGUCAACUUUAUGUUGGUUUGGAGCCCAACCGGGACUUUUCUUAUAUCCGCUCUAGUCUGUGGAGGAACAAUUGUAUUCACAUGGUGUAUGGUGCCGGAGACUCGAGGAUUAACCUUAGAAGAAGUUCAACUCUCAUUUGCCAUUAUUUAG